AAAAAAAAAAGGAGCCGCGGCCACGGCCACACGCGCACACAGAGGGCUCCUCUCUUCUCCCCCCCCUGCACUUAUGCCCGGUGCAGCUCGCUCCCAGCCCCGCUGCCAACCUGCUGCCCAGCUCUGCCCCCGAGAAGCCGCAGCUCAGCCCCGUGCCGGACCCCCGGACCCCCCCCCGAAAGCAGCGAGCAAGGGCACAGGAUGGCCUCAGCCCUCCCGCUGCUGCUGCUGCUGCUCUGCGCCUUUACCCCCGCGGUGGUCCCGGAGGUGCUUGGCCCCGGAGAUGGCACAGAUGACCUCAAGGCGCUGCAGGUCUCCAUCCCGCGGCACCCUGCCCUGGACGCCGUGCUGGCGGGGGACGUCACCAUCCCCUGCCUCAUCACCUACCUCGGGCCCCUGCCCACCACCGGCACGGCCGGGCGCAGGGCGGUGCUGGGCGCCCCCCGGGUCAAGUGGACCUUCAUCUCCGAGGGCAGGGAGGUGGAGAUCUUGGUAGCCCGGGGGGACAGGGUGAAGGUGAGCGAGGACUAUCGGCUCCGCGCCUCCCUGCCCAUCUUCCACCAGCGGUACACCAACGCCUCGCUGCUGCUCACCGAGCUGCGCCCCAACGACUCGGGGAUUUACCGCUGCGACGUGCAGCACGGCAUCGAGGACGGCCACGACAUCCUCGACCUCAGAGUCAAAGGGGUUGUGUUUCACUACCGCGAGGGCUCCAUGCGCUACGCCUACACCUUCGCCCAGGCGCAGGAGGCUUGUGCCAGGAUCGGCGCCCGCAUCGCCACCCCCGAGCAGCUGUACGCUGCCUACCUGGGCGGCUACGAGCAGUGCGAUGCCGGCUGGAUCGCCGACCAGACCGUCAGGUACCCCAUCCACACGCCCCGCGAGGCUUGCUACGGGGACAUGAACGGCUUCCCCGGGGUGAGGAACUACGGGGUGGUGGACCCGGAGGACAUGUACGACGUCUACUGCUACGCCGAGGACCUGCCAGGGGAGAUCUUUUUGGAGACGGCCCCAGACAAGUUCACGCUGGAGGAGGCGGAGGAGCUCUGCCGGGCGCGGGGCGCGGCGUUGGCGAGCCCGGGGCAGCUCUACGCCGCCUGGAGCGCGGGGCUGGACGCCUGCAGCCCCGGCUGGCUGGCCGACGGCAGCGUCCGCUACCCCAUCGUCACCCCCCGGGAGCGCUGCGGCGGGGCGCUGCCCGGCGUCAAAACCAUCUUCCUCUUCCGCAACCAGACGGGGUUCCCCGAUGCCCACAGCAGAUACGAUGCGUACUGCUUCCGAGAAGGGACAAACUCUAUCCCUGAGGCCGCAGGAAAAUACGGAGCCGGAGAGCCCGAGGGCCUCCAGGAGAUUGUUACAGUGGCAGAAAAGCUGGAGGAGCUGCAGCUGCCCAAAGCGCAAGUGGAGAUUGAGUCGCGAGGGGCUAUUUACGCCGUCCCUUUCUUUAAGGACGCGGCUGACGCUGAGCUGGAAAAGCCGAGCCUGGCCCCCGAAGAUGCUCCAGGUCCGGGGGCCCGGCACCCCCCGCUAGCUACCUCCGUGUCCUCGGCUCGAGGACGUCACCCAGCCUCCGCCGCCCCUUUCCCCACGGCCCCGGCUGUCCCCGAGGCAGGCGUCCCGCUUAGCUGCGGUGCAAAAGCGGGGAGCCCGUCCCCCGCAGACGAGGAAGGGGCGACAGGGACGGGUGGAAAGUGCGCAGAGGCCGGGCGAGAGCCGUCCCGCACGGGGGAAGAGGGAGCAGCUGUGGGCUCUGCACUGGGUGGGGACCCCAGGAACACCGCAGCAGAGAGCCUGGAGGGACGGCGAGACCCCGGCCAGCCCACGGAGCCGGACACGGCAGGAGCUGAGGGACCCUCCGAUGCCCUGUCCCCAGCGGUGGCCUCAGCAGGUGACACAGAGCCACCCGAUGAACAGCCCCAGCCCCCCGCGGCCCCCUCGAGCCUCCCCAGCCGCCCGCGGGAAGCCGUGGGGCGCCCGGCCCACACCAGGAGCCCCGGGCCACCUGGGCACGGGGACAGCGGGGUGACACCUCCGACCCGUGCCGCUUCUGCCACCUCGACAGACAGCCAAGAGCCAGCCCCCGGGACGCACGGCCGCGGGUCCGGCCCUGCCGCGGGGGGUGCCGAGGACGCCGAGCUGUCCGGAGACGUGGCCGAAAGCCCCCGGGGGGCGUCCCCGCUGCCCCCCUCGCAGCUGCAGGAGGACGGCGAGGAGCAGUCGGGGGCCCUGUGGCUCCCCUCGCCCGCGGCCCCAGGGGACGGGGGCACGGUCCCCGCGGUGGAGGCGACGGUGGUCACCCCGUGGCACACCGAGGUGCCCGGUGGCAGCGACGCACCAGCCACGGGACACGAGGCUGUGCCGCAAACCCCGGGCACUGCCCACGGGACCCCCGCUGCGUCUUCAGAAGAAGAGGAGGAGAAGGAAAAGGAAGAGGAGGAGGAAGAGGAGGAGGAGGAGGAAGAGCGACCCGUGCCCUCUGUCGCAACCGUGGAGGGUUUCCUUCCAGCCGUUCCCGGAGAACCAGGUGGCUGCGUCCCCAACCCCUGCCUCAACGGAGGGACCUGCACCGAGGACGGCGCCCACCUCGCCUGCCUCUGCCUGCCCGGCUACGGAGGGAGCAGCUGCGAGAGACCGCUGAGGAGGUGCAGCCCCGGCUGGGACAGCUUCCAGGGAGCCUGCUACAAGCACUUCUCCACCCGGAGGAGCUGGGAGGACGCGGAGACGCAGUGCAGGCACUACGGGGGGCACCUGGCCACCAUCCUGACCCCCGAGGAGCAGGACUUCAUCAACGACCAGUACCGGGAGUACCAAUGGAUCGGCUUGAACGACCGCACCAUCGAGGGGGAUUUCCAGUGGUCCGACGGGAGCCCCUUGCUCUACGAGAACUGGCACCCCGGGCAGCCCGACAGCUACUUUCUCUCCGGGGAGAACUGCGUGGUCAUCGUGUGGCACGACGGGGGGCAGUGGAGCGACGUCCCCUGCAACUAUCACCUCUCCUACACCUGCAAAAUGGGGCUGGUGCAGUGCGGGCCCCCCCCCGCCGUGGGCAAUGCCCACGCCUUUGGCAAAGCCAAGCCACGCUACGAGGUCGGCUCCACCGCCCGCUACCAGUGCCGCCGCGGCUUCGCCCCGCGCCGCUCGCCCCUCAUCCGCUGCCGCGAGGACGGGACCUGGGAGCAGCCCCAGCUCUCCUGCCGCCCUGGGUUGGCGCAGCACCCCGGAGACUGAGGGGGUCCCCGAAGCAGGAGGCUCCCCGGGGGAUGGGGACGGCACCGGGAUGGCAGCGGGGGCACCGGUGGGGCGAGGAGCCUGCCCUGUGGGUGCCCGCCCUCUGCUUGUUUUAUAUCUGUACAAAGAAACCCCCAUAACUAAAGAUCCCCCAAAAAGGA